GUUUACACCCAGACAGAGAUAAAAGAAUGAAACAUUGAGAAGUUUAUAUUCAUAAAUAUAACCAAUCUACUUGCCUGCUUUUCUGUUUCAAAAAUAUUAGUACUUGGUCACAGUGAAAAAUACAUUUUACAGCCUAAACUGCGUGUUUUGGAAAACAGUAAUUUACAGGUUUUUUUUAUUUUUUUAUUAGUUUUUUUUGUACCAACGCAGGCUUUAAAGUAAGAUCUGACUUUCUGCAUCAACCCUCUUCCAACAGACUGGAUUUAAAUCUCUCUUUACUUUAGUGGCAAAGCAGCAUUGUCGAUUCAUCUACUUGAUUAGAGCGCACUCCCUCCGAGUCUUUCUAUUCUCUCUCUCGCUUUUAGACACACACACUCACACACGCACUCUCUCUCUCUCUCACACACACACACUGGUAAGUCAGUCAUUGAAAUAAUAUACAACAACCUUCCUUGCCACGCUGCUUCCGUUUCCCACCAGCUCUCAUCGCUUCAGCAUUUCUCUCAUCAGGUUUAUCCCCCCUCUCUCUCUUUCUCUCUCGCUCUCUCUCUCCAUCUCUCUUUCCCUCUCUUCCUCUUCUCUUUCGGGGGAGAGCUCAUAUCUCUGGCGGUUUGCCGCAUGGAAGUCGCCCAGGCUAGACUGAAUCAUCUCUCUCUGACUCGGACAGUCCUUUCUCCAUUUGCCAUUCCGCGGCAUCAACAGCAGACUCAACGUCACAUGAGCCGGGAUACGCGCCGGGAUGUAACGGCAUCUAUCCGCUGAAAGACUGUAAAAGGGAGAACCAGAAUCCCGGUAUCAUUCCAGCAGAGAAAGCAGGGGAGGGGGGUAAUGUUUCUCAUUCAGAUAUAACAACCACUGAAAGCAGGGAUCGCCAAGUGCGCAAAAGCCGUUGCUUGAGAACAUUUUUACGCACAGGGCUGCGCUUUCUUCCAAUUCAUUUUUUUGUCCCCACUGUUCACUGCACGGACAGACCUGGAGGUUGGAAUGUGUAUGUGUGUGGUGGUGGGGACUUCCAUGAUGUGAAGUCCCGAUUUUUGCCAAGCAACCCACCUGGAGUCUUGAAACAGAGAAAAUCCGUCGCCCUACUGGAAUAUCAACAACCUAGUCCUGACAGUGACCCGGGGGGGGUGGGGGGGGAUGUUGCUGCUGCAGCAGCAGAGUUUGGGACUCUAGCGAGCUUCCACAACUUUUUUUCCCCCUGGUUCCAUUUCUAAUCUGUUUUCCUCUGAUCAUCUUCGCCUUUGGGACUUUCUGUUUGAUUUGCAGCUCUACAGAGUCAGUCAUGGACCGCUCCACGUCUUUGGAUAUUGAAGCGCUCAAGAUGACCCAGGAGCAGUACAUCCUCGCAGCCCAGCCAAACCCCCUCCACCAGCGAGGAGCGUCAGAGUGCAGUGCCCAAGUUUACCCAGCAGUCGGCAUCUACGGGUGGAGGAAGAGAUGCUUGUACUUCUUCAUCCUCCUUCUACUUGUCACAAUGAUUGUCAACCUGGCACUCACCAUCUGGAUUCUCAAAGUCAUGAACUUCACUCCGAAUGGUAUGGGAAACCUACGAGUGACCAAAGAAGGAAUCCGACUGGAGGGGGUGUCCGAAUUCUUGUUGCCCUUAUAUGUCAAAGAGAUCCAGUCACGAAGGGACAGUCCACUGAUUCUCCAGUCAGACAGAAAUGUGACCGUCAAUGCAAGAAAUGAUCAGGGACAACUGACUGGUCAGCUCACCGUGGGUUCAGAAAUGGUCGAGGCCCAGUGUCAGAGGUUUGAAGUGAAGAGUGCUGAUGGUGAGAGAGUUCUGUUUUCUGCAGAUGAGGAAGAGGUCAGCAUCGGUACUGAGAAACUAAAAGUCACAGGGGAUGAAGGAGUGGUGUUUAGCCAUUCUGUAGAGACUUCACAUGUAAGGGCAGAGCCAUUUCAGGAUCUAAAACUAGAAUCUCCAACUCGGACCCUGACGCUAGAGGCUCCCAGAGGGGUAGAGGUCAAUGCUGGAGUAGGAGACUUCACGGCUUCCUGUAGGAAAGACCUCCUUUUGCAGUCCUCAGAUGGAGAGAUCUUUUUAGAUGCCAACACGAUCAAGCUGGGCAACAUUCCACUUGGUAGUGCUGUAGACCCACUGGAAGGGGCACCUCCAGGCACCACCUACACCAAACAGACUGUGUACGAGCUCUGUGCUUGUGCUAAUGGCAAGCUCUACUUGUCCCCGGCUGAGGAAGGCUCUACCUGCCAAACCACUAGUAACUUUUGUCUCUGGAGUUGAAAAUAAAAAGGCUCACAAACACACAGGACAUAUGGACUAAUAAGCUUGGAGCUGAUGCUAACCAACAGGCAACAGCAUACAAAAAUGUGUUGGAUUGAAGCUGACAACAGCUAAAGGUCAGAAUCAACGAGGACUGAAGCAUGACGAGAACUUCAUGCAUGUUCAGCAAUCAAACAACAUGGAUUAGAGUUUGGCAGGAAGACAGUGGUUGCUAAGAAAUCGAAUCAACAAGGACUGGGGCUCAGUACGAAGUCAAAGCCAGCUAAAGGACUGAAUCAACAUGGAAAAUAGCCUGUGUGAGGCCAGUGCCAGCAGCACACAAAUCAAAUUAAUAAGAAUUGGUCUGUGGCCAAUGCUAGUAACAAGGAUGGAUAACUUGGCAAGACACAAAAGAUGGUUUCUAUGCUAAGACCACUCAUGGACAUAAAUGGGCAGUCUAAGGCUUAGGCCUUUGUUGGCUGUCUCUUCCUUUUGCAUUUACAGCCUAGAGAGACCCUAAACGUUCUGUGGAUUAUUCAUGGAAUUUGCAUUGUGUGUUCACUGUUUGACCAAAAUAUAAAGAAAAAACAAG